CUGGGGCUGAGAUGAUCGGACCGCGACUGUGAACUGGUGAACUGGUCCCAUGGUCUGCCAGCAUUCAGUGUGAGUUGGUCCUCCGACCGGGUAGGAGCUACCCAACGGCCGGCUGUCGUCUUUAGUGCUUUUGAGAAAUGUGUUGUUGAACGUUUUCCAACAGGCGUUCGGUUGUGUCUUUGAGAUAUUACUUUCCGUUUGGUUGGAGUGAAUCGUUGUUCUCAGAAAGAGUCAUUUUGCCAUGGUGUGAAUGAUGAUGCAGUACCGAUAGUGCACUACUGUUUAAGGGUUUUUUAUUGGAGUAUUUUCUUCUUCAAAGAGAGAGAGGAAAGCGAGAUUCCUUCUCUCUCUCUCUCACUCGAUUUUUGUGUGUGAAUACAGCAUCUGAAACUGCAGGCGACCUGAGGUCAUGUCGGGAGGCUCCGGCAGUGUGCCAGGGGUGCCGCCCGCGCCCUCUGUCUUCUCCUCCUUCGUGGGCGCAGGAGUGACCCCGCCCAUGUACCCGGGCACCCACCACGCCGCCCACGCGCCCCAGGGGCCACACUACUCGCAACACCACAGACUACAUCCACAGCUCUCCGUGUUACACCAGGUGAAUUCCGAAGCCGCCCCGUCCGCCUUCCACCCAGUGGUAUCCCGAGGCGCCCGUCGCCUCCAGGAUGUGGCCAGCCCCGACAGGGGCGAAUCCCAGAGGAACGAGGAGGCAGGGGGAUCCCAAAUGCAAAAUACGCCCGGCAGGAACAUAGGCGAUAUCCCAACACAUGUAUUACCUUUGGGGCACUCGAUGCCACCACUGGGAGUUCCUUCCUUGGGCAUGGGCAACCCUCUCCUGCCGGGCAUCUUCGACAGGAGGCUCCUACGCGUCUCCGGCAGGGCAGCCAGGCCCAAGAAGCAGUUCAUCUGCAAGUACUGCUCGCGGCACUUCACGAAGAGCUACAACCUUCUCAUCCACGAGAGGACUCACACCGACGAGCGGCCUUUUCCCUGCGACGUCUGCGGGAAGGCCUUCAGGAGGCAGGAUCACCUCAGGGAUCACAAGUACAUCCACAGCAAGGAGAAGCCCUUCAAAUGCAGCGAAUGCGGAAAGGGCUUCUGCCAGAGUCGCACUCUGGCCGUGCACAAGAUCCUCCACAUGGAGGAGUCGCCCCACAAGUGCCCUACCUGCGGCAGGAGCUUCAACCAGAGGAGUAACCUGAAGACGCAUCUUCUGACCCACACCGACCUCAAGCCGUACAAGUGCGCCACCUGCAGCGCCGUCUUCAGGAGGAACUGCGAUCUGCGAAGGCACAUGCUCACUCACUCCAUCGGCGGCCAUUUGCCCUCCGACAAAGAUCCCGAAGAAGCGAAGAACACCAAUCACGACGAAGGAGGAGGAGGCGUAUCGGCUUCGUCCUCAGCCGCUGCUCUGUCCGUCUGUGACAGGAGGGAAGGAGGAACCGAUCUCGAUGACGACGAAGUGGAGGAGGAGCCUGAAGAUGACGACGAGGACGAGGAGAUUGACCCGGGACGCCCAGACGACGCCUACGCCUUCUACGAGUCGGAAAAGGUGGAGGAGGACGACGAGGAGGUAGAAGAGGACCUCGAGGAGGACGAAGAGGAAGGAGCCAGAAUCGUCGCCGACGAGUCCCCAGAGCACCUUCAUCACCACCACCACCACCAUCACCAUCACCACGUCUCCAGCCUCCACCCUUCGGAGCUGCAGAAAAAUAGCGACGUCCACAUGUUAUCCAGCCACGCACACCCCGCCCAGUCACCCCACACAGCGCACACCACGCACGAACACACCACGCCCCAUUCCACGCCCCAUUCCACGCACAUGCACGCCUCUUCGCACGCCCACGCCUCCCCGACGACGAGCCUUUCGUCUCCCGUCCACCACAGCAACCCCGCCCACAGUAGCGUCGGCAGCAGCAGAGAUUCGGCCAUGUCCGACCAUCACGCCCAGCCUCCGUCUCAGAGACCUGCCUCCUCGCGGCCGCCGCACGCCCACGUCACGCCCCUGUACAGCCCAGCCCACGGGUUCUACCCGAUAGUGGGUGGAGGGGGAGCCGGUCCACCACCCCCUGGGCCGCACUACCGUCCUUCCCAUCACGAUUUGAAGCGACCCAUAGAACAGGUCUUAGGGGGUCCAGGCCCUUCGGUUCCUCCGCCCUCUCUUAUGGGCAUGCAGGGUCACAUGCCCAUGGGCGGCGGGGGGGGCGCUAUGGGGGCGGCACCCCGGCCGCCUUACCCACCCCACCCUCCUGAACGACCAAAAAAGAAAGGUUUUAUGAUUGAGGACAUCAUGAACGGCUGAGUGGUGGACGGGGGUCAGUCCUACACCCAGAGCCUCUCUCUCUCUCUCUCUCUCUCUCUCUCUUUCGCUCUCUCUCCCUCUCUCUUUCUUUCUUAUCGCUUUAAACGGGAGCACUUACGAAUGUUCUUUUUAAAAUUUUGUAUUAUGAUCCACAUACGCCACCAAACGUUUACUCCCUUACCCCCUUCUCUCUCUCUCUCUCUCUCUCUCUCUCUCUCUCUCUCUCUCUCUCUCUCUCUCUCUCUGAUUAGCCUUAUACUCGUACAUACGGAUGUUUUCCUUCAUCAUAUCAUGAUCCAAAUACCUUCAUUAUCGCUUUAAUAUUCCAGCCAUCUUCAUCCUGAGCUUCUUGUAUAUUACUGGUAAUAGUAAAGAUGGGACCAAUAGGAUAAGAAUAUUUUUGAGUAAGGAAAGAUUGAUUGAUAGUUUUUCAUCAUCAUGAAGUGGCGUCACAUCACCGCAACUUGAUAGUUCAAAGAAUCCAACUCUAGCCACGAGUGAUCAUUUUUUUUUUUUUACUUCAUCUUCUUCCUUUGUGUAAGUCAUUGUGAAUGCUGUCUUCGCUAUCGUCGCCAUUUUCACCAACAACAUAACUCUAUAAGUGCGCCCUUAACUCAUUUAUUUAUCCCCCCCCUUCCCCAACCCCCCACCCCCCCCCCAACCCCGAGACUAUGCAGUGCCUUUAAUCUCGUCCUCAUUUCAGAAAGUUACAGACAGUUAUCUCAAGAAGAGGGUGGAAAAGAAAGAACCGUCUCUCUUCAAGAUGGCGUCUCUCUGGACAGACUUCAUUCGCAGAAUCUUGUGUUUUUCAAGAGUUUUAUAUCCGUGUCUGCGUACUGCAAUAUUUAAUUUAUUUUUGAUUGUUUUUUCCCUGUACAUUCUUUUCAGAGUGUUUAUAUGUGUAAUAAUAGUCUGAGUUUUUUAAAAGCAGUUCAGCAGUGGGGCUUUUUCCUCCCUCUCGUAUGCAAAUGUAUAUAUUAUAUAUAUAUUUUUUUGUGAAUAGUUGUACAUAAAAGUUUGGAAAAAUAAA